AUGCAGCAGUCGUUCCGCGUGAUGGAACACCAGCUGGUCGUGUCUUCCUCGGAAGACAUCAAGCCUCCGCCGGCUGCACAUCUAGGAAAGCCUACCGUCGUCGUAGACGUCAUACCGCCCACGUACACCAGCCCGCCAGUCGCCAAAACCGAAUCUAUCAAAGAGACUCCGGCUAUGUCGACGGGCAGCACGGCGACGAGCAGCGGGAACGACCAGAGCAUCCGGCGCUACCGCACCGCCUUCACCCGCGAGCAGCUGGCGCGGCUCGAGAAGGAGUUCUACAAGGAGAACUACGUGUCCAGGCCGCGCCGCUGCGAGCUCGCCUCACAGCUCAACUUACCGGAGUCCACUAUCAAGGUGUGGUUCCAGAACCGGCGCAUGAAGGACAAGCGGCAGCGCAUGGCGAUGGCGUGGCCGUACGCGGUGUACACGGACCCCACGCUGGCGGCGAGCCUGCUGCAGGCGGCCAUGUACGUGCCGUGCCCGCCGUACUACCCACAGCCGCGCUACGCCUACCCGUACCCCAGCCCGAGCCCCAGCCCCAGCCCCGCGCAGCCGCAGCGCCAGGACGACUGCGACGGCUCGCCCAGCUGCAGAUGCGGCAUCGUGAACUGCGUGGCGGCGAGUUCGUUGCCCACGGCGUCGCCGUCGCCUUCGCCGCUUCUGUCGCCGCCGCUGUUCGCGACUGGCGCGGCUGUGGCUGGCGCGGCUGCUGGCGCCGGCUCCACGCAGCUGGCGCGCCAGCCUCCCAAGCUGUUCCAGCCCUACAAGAGUGACGUCACGCCGCACGCCGACCGCGACCGCGACCGCACGUAA